AUGUUCAACUUCAGAAGCAUCCUGAAGCUACUACAGCUCCUGAAAUUAUUAUUUUUUUUAUUUUUUGACAAUUUCAUCUUAUUCAUAUUUCCUCCGUGCAAAAAAACUUUUGCUGGGGUAAUAAUGCUUAUUACUGGCUCCGCAAAUGGGAUUGGAAGGCAGAUUGCCUUGAAGUUUGCUCCUUUGGGAGCAACCUUGGUUCUUUGGGACAUUGAUGAUGAAGGUAACAAAGAAACAAGCAGAUUAGCUGGAAAAAUUGGAGCUCAACGAGUGUUUGCCUACCACUGUGACUGCAGCAACAGGCAGGAGGUCUAUGAACAGGCAGACAAGGUUAGAAAAGAAGUUGGGGAUGUUACUAUUCUUAUCAACAAUGCUGGCAUACUAAUUGGGAAAAAGUUUUGUGACACUCCAGAUGCAGAUUUUGAAAAGACUUUAAGAGUCAACUUCCUUUCUCAAGUCUGGACUUGCAAGGCCUUUCUUCCAGCCAUGAUGACCUGUAACCGUGGACACCUGGUUAGCAUAGCCAGUGUAGCAGCAUUGUUGGGAACCUACAGAAUGUCAGAUUAUACUGCAAGUAAGUGUGCAAUCAUUGGAAUGAUGGAAGCCUUAGAUUCGGAACUGUAUCAUGCAGGAAAACAAGGCAUUAAAACCACAAUCAUUUGCCUUUCUAUUGUUAAUACUGAAUUAGCUAAAGGUGUUCAAACCCCAAACCACCUUUUACUUCCUGUUUACGAGGCAGAGUAUGUAGCCAGCAAGAUCAUGGAUGCAAUUCAAAAGGAAAAGUUUUAUCUAAUCAUGCCUCUGAUUUUACACCUUCUUGCUUUCAAAAUUCUCAUUCCUAGAAAAAUGAUACUACUCUUCGAAUCUUGCCUUAAGAUCACCAACAUCUUAGAUAAAGGCUUCGGUCGGAAGAAAAAGGAUUGA